AUGAGAAACAGUACAGUAACCGCAUUCAUUCUGCUGGGACUGACAGAUGACCCUAAACUGCAGAUUUUGCUUCUUAUCUUUCUCUUUCUCACCUACAUGCUAAGCAUAACUGGAAAUCUGACCAUCAUCUUCCUCAUCUUCCUGGAUUCCCACCUUAAGACAGCCAUGUACUAUUUCCUACAAAAUUUCUCCUUUUUGGAGAUCUCAUUCACAUCAGCUUGUAUUCCCAGAUACCUGUAUAACAUCGUGACAGGUGACAAUGUCAUUACCUACAAUGCCUGUGCCAGCCAAGUAUUUUUUACUGACCUCUUUGGUGUAACCGAAUUUUUUCUCCUAGCUGCUAUGUCCUAUGAUCGCUAUGUGGCCAUCUGCAAACCCCUGCAUUAUGUGACCAUCAUGAGUAGCACGGUCUGCAGAAGACUUGUCUUUUGUUGUUGGGUAGCCGGUCUGUUUAUUAUAAUCCCCCCACUUAGCCUAGGCCUAGAAUUGGAAUUUUGUGAUUUUAAUACCAUUGAUCAUUUUGUCUGUGAUGCAUCUCCCCUCCUGAAAAUCUCGUGUUCAAAUACUUGGUACAUGGAACAGACUGUUAUCAUCUGUGCUGUGCUGACCCUCCUUAUGACACUGAUGUGUGUGGUUCUGUCCUACAUUUAUAUCAUCAAGACAAUUUUAGAAUUCCCUUCUGCCCAACAAAAGAAAAAGGCCUUUUCUACUUGCUCUUCCCACAUGAUUGUGGUUUCAAUCACCUAUGGUAGCUGCAUCUUCAUCUACAUCAAACCUUCAGCGAAGGACUCAGUGGCCAUUAACAAAGGUGUGACCAUGCUCACUACUUCCAUCGCUCCAGUGCUGAACCCUUUCAUUUACACACUGAGAAACAAGCAAGUCAAGCAAGCCUUCAAUAACUCAAUCAAAAGAAUCACGAUAUUUUCCAAAAAAAUAAGAGAAUGUAAAGCCAAAUAA